GUGGGGGUGAAGAUGAGCUGUUUUGAGCGCUUAAAUAUACGAUCAACUUUGCUUUCGACUUUUUAUUCAGUUUCUUGCGUACUCAGUACUCUGCCUCUAUAGUCUUUCCUCGCUCCGAGUAUAGUUUGAGCGUCCCUCAUUUGGACUGGGAUCACUUCAACAUAAGCUUAUCUGCUCACCUGGUACCAUUCAUUCAGAAUGCCUCCAGUCAGAACAACAAAGGCAUCCUCUUCGCAGUCCGCGCGCCACCCGAAAGACAUAUCGAAACACAAACGUCCAUUCAAAGGACAGAAACCAGACCAUGAUCCGAAACCUCAGCAGGGUCUGCCUGGAGUUCAAAAGAUUAAAUCCGCGUUGAGGCAGACGCGACGACUUUUGGCCAAGGAAAAACUGGGCGCAGAUGUCAGGGUAGAAACAGAGCGGAGGCUCAAAUCUCUCGAAAAGGAUCUGGCUGAGGCAGAAAGGAUAAGGAAGGAAAGGACGAUGUCGAAGAGGUAUCAUAAGGUGAAAUUCUUCGAGAGACAAAAAGUUGAACGGAAGCUUAAACAGGUCAAGAAACAGUCGGAGGCAACUACUGACAAGACGGAGCGCAAACAGCUUCAAGUAGAGCUGUUUGAGCUUCGAGUGAAUUUGAACUAUAUCAUACACUAUCCUAGGAACAAGAAAUAUGUUUCCCUCUUUCCUCCGGAGGUCCGGAAGCGUACAGAGGAUGAUUCUGCUGACUCCAAGGGCAAGGGAAAGGAGAAGGACGAUGAGGGCUCUGAAGCCCAAGAUCAAGCUGAGAAGGCGAAGACGGAUCUUCGGAGGGAAGAGGUGAAGAAAUGGAUACGAGAACGCAUGGAACGAGGCGAGAUUAGUGCAGAGCCAGAGCUUGAGGAACAUAGAACGCUAGAUUCGCAUAGAACAAACGAAACUCCGGAUGGCGGGGAUCAUGCGAAGGAAGUCGCCAAGCUUGCUGGUGUACAGGAGGACGCGUUCUUUGGAGAUGACAGUGAUGGGGAUGAGGACGGAGAUGAAAACAUGGAGGACGAUUCAUGACAGCCGUAAUGAAGGGUGAGCUUUCUCCGUACAGUCUCGACUCUCCCAACGUAUUUCAGAACUUUGUUCGUUAUGGCGCAGAACAAUGCACUGUGUGGGUUGAUCUCGACUUAGCCUGGAUUUAGCUCAUUGCAUUCCUUGAUAUCUCCUCUACCUCACAAUAGGAGCUGUUGGCCGUUGCUUAUCCGAACUCCAUUGAAUGCACGGGUGAAUUUAUUCAGGGACCAAGUUGCGACUCUCAUAUGGCCAGUGCAUUCAUAAGGUUCACCGGUCGCGUCCGAACGUCGCAUCGACCUGAAUUACGGUCACCAUGCACUUGACGUUGGCUCUGUGGCAUGUCACUGUGGCAUGUAUGUCUUCCAAAGGCCUCGACGUUCAGCGAUAUAUGAGGAGUUCCGAACGUCGCUCUUCAGAUGCUAUGCUCUACGAUCAUGGCUAUACGGAAUGUUUUGUGAGGUGGAGGCUGGCCGCUCUUCACUUACUUCCGUCCUCGAGUCCAGAAUCCGGGUCAUUUGACUGCGAGAUGUCCAAACGACGACUGUCGGAAGUUUCGAAAGGAGAUUUAGUCCGGCGCUUCACAAUGUACGAUUGUUUGUGUUUGUUGAAGAAGGAACGUUUUAAGAUGCAUUUGUCUUUCCGCACUCCACUCUCGCGCGGAUAUCCAUUAAAAAGAUAGUCUAUGGCAGUGACUUUCGCUUCAACGUUCUGCAGGUCCGUUGCGUACGCCUCAUAUUCGUGAAAUACUUUCGUUUUGUACCUUUCUUUCUCCAGUGAGCUAGCGUUGUGCUUCACG